AACACUUCCCUGUGACACGAUCUGCCGCAUUAAAACCUACACACUUUUCCUGUUAACAUGUCAAGCGUAAAUGUGAACGUAAGGCUUAUUGAGUCGAUAUCGUAGGUUAACAAACAUAUACGCCCUGCCCUGUACUGAAUAACACAUUAUCACCAACGCUGUCGAUAGAAGAAUGAAGGAAGUGAAAACAUGUUUAUUGAAGCCAAUACAAACAACAACUGAGGUUCACAUUAUGUGUCAGGCAGGAUGAUGUUGCGGCUACAGUAUAUGGGUGUAUUUUCCUCAUCUACGUGAAACUGUGUGCCGACAAACUUGACCAAACUAAUGCAUACGGAUGGUACGAUGUUGUUUCUGUGUUUCCUCAAUGUCAUCGUCUUGGUCCCCGUGGCUGUCGCAGAGCCCUGCUACAAUGAGACAGCCGUUAACGGAUCAACUCCAGCAGACUGCACAAACUACACCUCGACGGCUGACUUUAACGCCUCCACAUUUGACGUCAACACUUCAACGCCUGACAUCAUCUCCUCAACAUCAGACACCUCCACAACGGACUUCAACACCUCAACACAAAACGUCUUGACAACGCCAGAUAACAGACCCUUGGUGUCUGACACAGGCCUCGCAACACCUCUGUGGCCGGCGUUUGUCAUAUAUGGAGGCAUCAUUGGCGGACUGUCCAUGGUAGUUUUUGUUGUUGCAUGUAUUUUCUGCGUGUGUCGGUGCUGCAGCCGAAAGACUGACGCUGAGGCCGUGGUAUCAACGUCGGUGCCCCUCACCUCCGUUGUCUCCACAAAAACAAAUGGAUUUGGUUCUGAUCCAACCAAAAACGUAACGCACCCCACAAGUUCAUCGGCAUCCUGGAACGUCCCACCACCUCCACCGCCGCCGCCGCCACCACCGCCGCCGCCACCUCCGCGAUAAUGCUAAUACUGAGUACUGCAUUUUUUGUCAAACAAGUGUUUUUAUCGAGCUUCAUGAGCAUAAAUAUCUUAAAUCAGAAAAUUACAUGGUCGGCCUAAAACAUUGCACUAAGUCACAUUUUUCCUUACAUAAAGGUUACCCAUGUAUAAGUUACGAGUUAUAGGAACAGAUUAUGAAAUGCUUUAGCAGCUCUCACACUUUGCCGAGGUGGUUGCCGAGCUCUCCCGAACUAACUAGGUUAGGACUCCGGAAGAGACUACAAAUAUUCGAGUAUAAUACGCGUGUGUUACGAGCCCCAUAUACAGGAGUCCAAUAGGAGUCCAACAUGAGUCUAAUAGGAGUCUAAUAGGAGUCUAUUAAGAGUUGCAUACGAGCACAACGAUCUCGAUACGAGCUGUACGAGUUUGGUACGACUUUGGUGCGAGGUGGCUACGAGCUGCUAAAUAAUUCGGCGGGAAUUUGUCACAUGAUUUAACAUGGAGGCUCGUAUAGCUCGUAUUAGACUCGGUCAACUCGGCAAUAAAUUUUGCAGACGAUCCUCAUACGAGUUCUGUACGAGCACCACGAGGUCGCCAUUUUAUUAUUAUCAUUAUUAUUGUUGCUGUUAUUAUUUUAUUUGUUAUUUAUUUUAUUUUAUUUUUUUUAAUCUUAUUUUUUACAUUUUUUUUUAUUUUUUAUUUUUUUAAUUUUUUUGGGUGGUAUUGCAGCAUGUACAGCAUGUACAAACGCAUGUACCUACAUUCAGAUUUCGGGGUGUCAAUCCGAAAAAAUAUGUUGGUCAGUUACAGAUUUGUAACAUCAGCUACCAGGUUGUUCGGUUGUAUUUGUUUCCUUGGGUAAUUUUCACCCAAAUUUGUUAUGCACUUGAUGCGGAAUAUCUCAUGACCUGAUAUUAUAUAUUUUGAAUGACUACAAUGGACUCAUGACUAUAGACAGGGUGUAGUCGCUUUUAUGUAAACAUGAUUCAUAGACAAUUCGAGGAAUGUCACUGCAUGCAAUAAAAAUCCUGUUGAAUA